ACUUUUACUCUCUGAAGAGGGCACAGCAGGUGUGAGCUGUGUGGACCACCAUUACCUUUUCCUGUGAGAUGGCGCUGCAGAUCCCCAGAAGCCUCCCUGCAGCAGCUGUGGUGGUGAUGCUGAUGGUGCUGAGCAGCCCAGGAGCCCAGGGCAGAGACUCCCCAUGGGACGCCGUGUUCCAGUUCAAGGGCGAGUGCUACUUCACCAACGGGACGCAGCGCAUCCGUAGUGUGGACAGAUACAUCUACAACCUGGAGGAGUACGUGCGCUUCGACAGCGUCGUGGACAAGUACUUCGCGGUGACCGAGCUGGGGCGGUCGUGGGCCGACUACUGGAACAGCCAGCAGGACAUCAUGGAGCGGACGCGCGCCGAGCUGGACACGGUCUGCAGACACAACUACGAGCUGACAGAGGUCCCCACCACCCUGAGCCGGCUCGAGCAGCCCAAGGUGACCAUCUCUUUGUCGAAGACAGAGGCUCUCAACCACCACAACCUUCUGGUCUGUUCGGUGACAGAUUUCUACCCAGGCCAGAUCAAAGUGCGGUGGUUCCGGAAUGACCAGGAGCAGACAACAGGAGUCGUGUCCACACAGCUUAUUAAGAAUGGGGACUGGACCUUCCAGAUCCUGGUGAUGCUGGAGAUGACACCUCAGCGUGGAGAUGUCUAUGUUUGCCACGUGGAGCACGCCAGUCAGCAGAGUCCCACUACAGUGGAGUGGAGGGCACAAUCUGAAUCUGCACAGAGCAAGAUGCUGAGUGGCAUCGGGGGCCUUGUGCUGGGGCUGAUCUUCCUGGGACUGGGUGUUUACAUCCGUCACAGGAGUCAGAAAGGAACUCGUGGACCUCCACCAGCAGGCCUCCUACAUUGACUCCUGAGAGUCUUUUGACCGAAUUGGCUGUCAUUCUACUCUAAGACCUGCCUGUCCCUGCCCAGCGUUAACAGUCUGCAUCUGCCUGUCCCGCUCUGAGGCCAGAGUCCUGCUGUGUCCCCACUGCAGCCACCAGCUCGGCUCCUGCGACCCUCCUUCCCAGUGCUCUGGCUGUGACUCUUGGCUCGCACUGAAGCAGCAGCUACUGAGACCCCAGCCCCUCACUGGCUCCAGUGUCCCCUCCAGACUGCUCAAGAGAUGCAUCAAAAGCACCCACCUGUCUGUAGAGCUCUUGGUUUUUCAUAAUUAAACACAGUUCUGAGUUGUCUGUA